AUGGCGCUCGAAAUUCGCGGUAAGACAGCUUUGAUCACCGGAGGAGCAUCAGGAAUUGGGCUCGAGCUGUCUCGGAGACUUCUACAGGAAGGAUGCAGCGUGGUGAUUGCCGACCUCAAACUUGGGUCGGAAGCUGAGCAGCUCGUCAAGACGAGCAACGAUGGAGCAAGCGCUUCGUUUAUCGAAACGGACGUAACCAAUUGGACGCAGCUUCAAAACUCUUUUGACCACGCAGUCAAGAAGUUUGGCCACCUAGACAUGGUCUUUCCAGCUGCAGGAAUAUUUGAGCCACCCGGAUACUCCAACUUUUGGGACCUCAACCAAGGAGCCGACACAGUGAAUGCAUCGUCUUUUAAGAUUUUUGACAUCAAUAUCACCCACCCAGUUCGUGCAACACAGCUAGCCAUCGACUACUUCACGCGCCAAAAGCUUAAUCACGGCGUGGUUGUGCUGUUUUCAUCUAUCGCAGCUCAGUUGCCCCUGCUCCCAACGCCACUAUACUCGGCUAGUAAGCACGCUAUAUCUGGGUUCAUCCGAUGUCUUGGACAUCUUGAACCCACGAUUAAUGUUCGGGUUAAUGGUGUUGCGCCUGGGCUGGUCAAGACGCCAAUCUGGACAGACGAUAAGUUGAAGUGGGUGGACGAAAAUGUGGACGAGUGGGUUACCACGAAACAGGUGGUGGAAACAAUCAUAGAUUUAAUCACGAACAAGGACCAUGUUGGUGGUACCAUUCUUGAGGUUGGUGCUGAUCGAGUUCGACCGGUAACUGAGUUGAAUGAUCCUGGUCCAGAUGGGAAGGGACAUACAGUUCAGGGCCUUGGGACCGCGUUUGCUAGUGUGUAUGAUCAGAUUGGAAAGAACUUUGGUAAAUAA